UGGACUAUUAUACUACACUUGGAGAUAGACUUUUCUGAUUCUGAAGUCAAGUCAAAUACAUAUCAACAAAAUUGGGCACCAAUGGUGUUUGGCGAACCAUUUGCAAACACCAUGUAAUAUUGUGUUAGAUUAUGCAAAUCAAUCUUGUGAACCAAUAUGACAUUGACUUUUAGGCUCACAUCCUUAACAACAUUGCUUUUCCUAUGUAUGUUUUGCGUGAAUGCAACUACCUACAAAGAAUAUCUGUGGAUGGAUCAAUCACUGGGAACCUCAGACACCAUUCUUUCUCGCAGUGGGAACUUCGAACUCGGGUUUUUCCCGGCAGUCAGAGAGAACUCCACCAACUACUAUAUAGGCAUAUGGAAUAAAAAGGGUGGAAGUGACAAAAACAAGAUUAUGUGGGUUGCAAAUAGAGACUAUGCAGUUCAAGCAUCUUCAGCAGCUCUUACUAUUCAAGAAACUGAAGGAAAUAUUAUAAUCAUAGAUAGACAAAUGACGUACCACGUGAGCCAGAUUUCAAACAAUUCUAUUACCUAUGCCAAGCUCUUGGAUUCCGGAAACUUGUUACUGCUGAACAACUUCACCCAAGAGAUUUUGUGGCAGAGUUUUGAUUAUCCUACGGAUACCCUUUUACCCGGAAUGAACCUAGGGUAUGAUACUGACUCAGGUUACACUUGGUCAUUGAGCUCAUGGAAAAGUGCAGACGACCCUGCCCCGGGAGCUUUUUCCCUCAAGUAUGAUUUUGGCAGGGCCACUCUAAUCAUCAACAACGGUUCUAACGUGUUCUGGAUUGAUGACCGUUCCAAUGAUACUAUUGACAAUGUUAUUAGCCGAAGUGGUGUGCAUAAAGAAAGAUACAGGAGAUAUUUCACUUGGCCAGUUGAUUAUAACUCUAUGCUGGUGCUAGAAGUGUCUGGGGAGCUGAACCAGAAAUAUUGGUCAGAGGAAGAAAAAGGUUGGAUUUCUAUUCAGUCAUCAAAGUGUGGAACCAACAAUUUGUGUGGAGCUUUUUCCAUUUGUAACCCUCAAGCUCUUGACCCUUGUGACUGUCUCCAUGGUUUCAAGCCCUUUGAUGCUAAUUCCUGGAGUAAAGGGAUCAAAUCCGCUGGCUGUGUCAGGAAAAAAGAGUUAUCCUGCCGUAACGGUGUUCAUUCCAAUGAUGUAUUCAUGCCACUCAACAAAACGCAAUUACCAUCAACUUUGAAGGGAGACAGCAAGAUAAAGAUUGAUACGGAAAGAGGGUGUGAAAGUGCUUGUUCUAGAAAGUGUUCUUGUGUUGCUUAUGCUUAUAAUUUGAAUGGUUACUGCCACUUGUGGCUUGGUCAGAUAUUGAAUCUAAAGAACAUCUCAACAUAUGUGGACAAUUCUGAUAAUACCAAUCCAAUUUUUAACCUCAGACUUGAUGCCUCAGAAUUGGUUCCCGCUGAUUCAAACACAGCCAAUGCCAAAGAACCAGCAAAUGAUUUUCGCAAACAUGAAAACUGGCUGAGGAUACUUCUGAUUGUUAUACUGAUCACACUUCUAACGUUUCUUAUAUUUGGCCUAUUUGUUUACUGGAUUAGAAAGCAAAGGAGGAAAGGGGAAGAUUUGCUACAUUUUAAUGUGAGCAUGAGCAUGAAAGCUGAAGAUUCUGAACUUACUGAAGCAAGGAGAGCAAAAGUUAAGAAGAAGGAAGUCAAAUUGCCAUUAUUCAGUUUUGUGAGUGUUGCAGCAGCAACUAAUAAUUUUUCAGAUGAUAAUAAACUUGGUGAGGGUGGCUUUGGACCUGUAUACAAGGGCAUAUUAUUGAAUGGGGAUGAGGUUGCAGUAAAAAGGCUAUCGCGAAGAUCUGGUCAAGGAUGGGAAGAGCUGAGAAAUGAAGCCUUAUUAAUUGCAAAACUCCAACACAACAAUCUUGUUAGACUUCUAGGGUGCUGCAUUGAUCAAGAAGAAAAGAUGCUUAUUUAUGAAUUUAUGCCUAAUAGAAGCUUGGAUGUUUUUCUCUUUGAUGCAACAAAAAGAAGGAUGCUAGAUUGGGGAUCACGAGUUAGGAUAAUUGAUGGAAUUGCCCAAGGAGUCCUUUAUCUUCACCAAUAUUCCAGGUUCCGGAUCAUUCACCGAGAUUUAAAAGCUAGCAACAUAUUGUUAGACACCAACAUGAAUCCUAAAAUAUCAGAUUUUGGAAUGGCAAGAAUAUUUGGUGAGAAUGAACUUCAAGCAAGUACAAAAAGAAUAGUUGGAACAUAUGGAUACAUGUCCCCAGAAUAUGCAAUGGAAGGUGUUUUCUCAAUAAAAUCAGACGUGUUUAGCUUUGGGGUUCUUUUGUUGGAGAUUAUAAGUGGCAAGAAGAAUACUGGCUUUUAUCAAACAAAUUCCUUAUGUCUUCUAGGAUAUGCUUGGGAUCUAUGGACAAACAAUUCCGUAAUGGACCUAAUGGAUCCGACAUUGGAUGAUAGUGAUAGCACUAGUAGUCGAAAUCAUACAGUGCCAAGAUAUGUGAACAUAGGACUUCUCUGUGUUCAAGAAAGUCCAGCAGAUAGGCCAACCAUGUCUGAUGCUGUAUCAAUGAUUGGGAAUGACAAUGUGGCCCUUCCUUCUCCUAAACCACCUGCAUUUCUAAAUGUGAGAGGUAAUCAAAAUUCAAUAUUGCCCAAUAGCAUACCAGAAAGUUUUUCUCUAAAUGUCAUCACAAACACAAUCGUGGAACCAAGAUGAGUGACUAUGAGACUGUUAUCAUUUUUUUUAUAAGCAAAUGCUAGUAGUUUAUUGUCAGUUUUUACUAGCAGGGGAAUUCGAACCCAUGACCUUUCCCUCAGUCCCUUCUCCUUUUACUACCAAACCAACCUUAUAACUCCCGAUAGCAUGCACUGUUAAUGUUUCUACUACCUUCCAUUUCUCCUUCUGUAACAUAUUGCUCACGAAAUCAAAUGAUGAAAAUCUGAGUUUGAUUUCAUGGUUAAAGAAUGCUCAAAAUAAUGUAUGUUGUAUUUUUAGUUUAAUCAAAUAGUCUUUUGGUCUAGCAAAAUAGCCUUUUUCAUUUUAGUCCUUGCAGAAUUUCUUGAGCACUUGUUGUUCUUACAUUUUUAGUCCCAAUAAAAGCAUAUAAGUAUAA